AUGCAUCCCCGCGAACUCACCCUCAUAGUCGCCGCCACAAAUCAAAUGGGAAUCGGCAUAAAUAACGGCCUGCCCUGGAAAGGACUCAAGAAAGAAAUGGCAUACUUUGCACGAAUAACCAAACGUGCUCCUCCAGGCACCACGAAUGCAUUAAUCAUGGGUCGAAAAACCUGGGACAGCAUACCCCCAAAAUUCCGCCCAUUGAAAGACCGAACAAAUAUCGUUAUAACUCGCUCCCCGCUUCCUCCUCCCUCUGAACGCGAACCUGGGAAACAUAUCGUGAAUUCUAUCGCAGAAGCCGUUGGAUUCGCUCAGGAAAACAAGAGUGAGAGGAUAUUCGUUAUCGGAGGAGCGGAGAUCUAUAAAGCUGCUUUGGAAAUGGAGGAGACGAAACGGAUAUUGUUGACGAGGAUCAAGGGAGAUUUCGAGUGUGAUGCAUGGUUUCCGCUGAAGUUGGGAGAGGAUGGUAGCGCGGAGGGUUGGAGGAGGAGGAAGAACUCAGGGCUAAAUAAUUGGGUGGGGGAGGAGGUUGCCGCUGGGGAUCAGGAGGAGGCGGGGACGAAGUACGAGUUUGAGAUGUGGGAGAAGGUGGAGGAUUGA